GCGAAUUGGUAUUAGUUAUGUUUUUUAAGUGAUGUUUUGUGGAUAACUAUUUAAAAACAAAUAGUGUUUAAAUGAUUAACACUUGAGUUGACAAAUAUUUAAUUCUUAAUAAGAUUUCUAUUAUUGGAGUAUAAGGUUAAGUGAUAUCUAUUUAGAGAUAAGUACAUUAGUAACAGUGUUAACAAAUUCUUAUUGGUUCAAAGAGCAGAAAAAUUUUCCAUUUUAGUAUUUAUUGCAGUUUUUGAAUUUUGAAAAAUAUAAACGCCUACAAAUUAUCUCAGCAACAAGUGUAAGGACAGUAAAUUCAGGAAAAAUCGUUUUUUACGUUAGGUACCUGGCAAAGUCACAAAGUAUGGGACAUUCUAAUUUAGGAAAGAAGCCAUCAAAUUUGGAAAAAAGAUGGGCAACUAUCAACAUGUUGUUAACUAUGGUUGCAUUUAUUGCAGUCGUAUUAGCCCUMUCUCUAACUUAUCUCAAGGAAACACCAUCAAACUUGACACAUUGUCUUGGGUACUACACCCUAUAUCUAAUUUUCACGGCUUUCUUAGCAGUGUUACCAUUUGGGGGUCCCAAAGUACCUAGAGACACAAACCGACAAGACUAUGAUGUUUUAACAGGAGGCCUUACUUUAAUUUCUUGUUUGCUUGUAUUAUUUACUCUCGAAAUAUUUGGUGUCAAAGUUAUAGAUUUUGUCACUAAAAAUAUGUUUGAUUUGACAAUUGCUGCACUUUUGUCUGGACUUUUUUUGACAAUAUAUGUUCAUCUGCGAAGCUACACUUUACCUAAUGAUCGACUAAAUCCAAAAAUAAUUGGCAAAAAUGCAAUUGAAAGUCUUUUUCUUGGAAGAGAAGUAAGACCUCGACUGCUUGGUAUUCUCGACUUGAAAAUAUACUUCAACAGGAUUGCGAUAUUAACAAUGGUGUUACUUGACUGUGUGUUUUUGCAUGAAAAUUUCAAUAACAAAAGUGUAGUUGUUUUGAGUAUAAUUAAAUUCAUAUAUUUCAUCGAUGGUCUCUUCAUGGAAUACACUUACGAAACAUCAAUGGAAGUGAGACAAGUUGGAUUUGGCUUUGGGUGUGGUGUGGGCAACUUUGUUUAUCCAUUUUUAAUGAGUAUAUUUACAAAACAUCUCGUUUCUAAUAAAAUUGAAUUUGAGAAUUGGAGACUUAUUCUUACUUUAUUCGUUUUUACGACUGGUUAUCUCAUAUAUCGUAUCAGUAAUAAUCAGAAGUACAACUUUAGGAAAAAUCCUUCGACAACAGGUUUCAAAUCAAUUCCAACUGGUAUUAAAGACAAGAAGCUUCUUUGUUCGGGGCUGUGGGGAAUUAUACGCCAUCCCAAUUAUUUGGGUGAUAUUCUAGUGCACUGGUCAUUUACAGGUUUUAUGUUGUGUAUACCAGCAUUUAUGAUCUAUUUUGAUAUAUUAUUUAUGAUCGAUCGUUCUAGUAGGGAUAAUAAGAAUUGUAAAGAGAAAUAUGGCAAAGUUUGGGAUCAAUAUUGUAAAAUGGUAAAAUAUAUUCUUGUACCUUGGAUUUAUUAAAAAAAAUUAUUCCAAUUAAACAAUC